AUGUCGGAGGGGCUGCUGCAGGUGGAGAUCCCCGACUUUGGCAGCAGUGUCCUGGGGAGUCUGAACGAGCAGCGGCUGCUGGGCCACUACUGCGAUGUGUCCAUCCUGGUGCAGGGCCAGGCCUUCAAGGCCCACCGGGCCGUGAUGGCCGCCUCCUCGCUCUACUUCAGAGACCUGUUCAGCUCGGCGCCCGAGUCCUCCUCGUCCCAGGUGGUGUUCGAGCUCCCGUCCUCGGUGACGCCCGCAUGUUUCCAGCAGAUCCUGUCCUUCUGCUACACGGGCCGACUCAGCAUGGCCACCAGCGAACAGCUGGUCCUCAUGUACACCGCCGGCUACCUGCAGAUCCAGAACAUCGUGGAGAGGGGCAUGGAGCUGAUGAUGAUGAAGGCGUCCUCCGCCUCCUCCCCGCUCUGCUGCGACUCCCAGACGGCCUCGGCGGAGGAACUGAGCGGCUACGAGGCGUCGGGGGAACAGCAGCAGCCACAGCAGCAGCACCAGCGCCCCCAAGAGACGCUGCUCUCCUCCCAGCCGGCCCUGAGCCCGGAAGAACUGCUCCUGGCCGUCAGCAGAAUCAAGCAGGAACGCGCCGACACGCCUCCCCCACCAGAGGAGAUGGAGGAAACGACGGGAGAGGAGCGAGAGAAGAGGAGAGGGGACACUACGAGGGACCUCCAGGCCACUAGGGGCAGUGCGUUGUGUUACCUUGGGGCUGGAGGAGGGUUGGUUCCGGGACUACAGUCCUAUCUGCUGGCUACUGGAGAGCGCUCCAGCCCGGCCGGCUCCAGCCUACCCACCGAGUCGCCCCCCUCCCAUCCUCCAACGGAAGAGGAGCUGGAGGACGACUACUACCCCCCCGGCAUCUAUGGACACAUCUAUGGACACCCAAGCAACCCCUACAUCCAAGAGAAGAUGGAGAUGCUGCCCCUACCAUUGGCUAAUGAGCGGCGGCCCUGCGUGCUGAUUGGUCGAGACACCAUGGCCCUUCCUGCCAGCCUAGUCAGUCAGAUUGGCUACCGGUGUCACCCCGCUCUCUACACAGAGGGAGACCCAGGGGAGAAGGUGGAGCUGGUGGCAGGGUCAGGUGUCUACAUGACACGGGGUCAGCUGAUGAACUGCCAUCUGUGUGCUGGAGUCAAACACAAGGUUCUCCUCAGACGGCUCCUGGCCACCUUCUUUGACAGAAACACUCUGGCCAAUAGCUGUGGCACAGGGAUCCGUUCGUCAACCAAUGAUCCAAGUCGAAAACCCCUGGACAACAGAGUGUUAAACACAGUCAAACUCUACUGUCAGAACUUUGCUCCCAACUUCAAGGAGAGUGAGAUGAACGUGAUCGCGGCGGACAUGUGCACCAACGCCCGGCGGGUCCGCAAGCGAUGGCUCCCCAAGAUCCAGUCCCUGCUCCCAGACGGGCUACCGGCCCCCAGCCCCCAGCCCCGCAAGGGUAAGAGAGGAGGAGGAGCAGGAGGAGGAGGUGGAGGAGGAGGGGGGGGGGGAGGAGGCGGGGCCCAGCGAGAGGCCAGCCCUGCCCCCUUUGAGCUUGAUCUCCGGCAACUCAGUACCUCAUAUUUGGAGAUGGAGACACCGCUGUACCCGGCGCCGCCCAGGGAGAGGGGGGAGGCGGAGAGAGAGCGGGAGAGGGAGCUAGAGAGGGCGAGGGAGAGAGAGAGGGAGGCGGCGCUGCUGCCACACCUGCAGUACGCUGGCUGCGGCGCGGGCAGUGAGGAGGGGGGGCUGUCUGGAGAGUCUGCCGUUCCUCAUGAGACUGAGCCGAGCGCAGACUCCGCCCCGCCCGCCAGCGCCUCCCCUCCGCCAGGAGAGACCGCCUCCGCUCACAGGGGAUUGGCCGAUCAGGGCGAUGGCACGGCGGACCCUCUACAAGACAGCCAAUAA